AUGGAUCUGUCGCAACGGGCGCUCCCGCGUCACACUCACCAUCAGCCGCCGCCGCCGCUUGCAAACCCAUCGCCUUCUCAUCUUCCAGCGCAACAUUCUAACUAUAGUCCUGGCACUGUCGCUUCACAUCCGACUCUUCCUUUACCAGGCACACACCCGCCGCCCUCAGCACUGACGCCAGCUUCGGCUUCAACAUCUCCAGCCUCGGUCUCGCAUCGGCUGCCUUCCGCGUCAGCUUCAAAUACCUCAAGACACCCUGCUGGAGACUAUCACCCUGAUGCAGAGGACCAUGACGCGUCAGUGACACCUGUUGAUGGUGAGGAGCCUCCAAAGAAGAAGCAAAAGCGCAACAAGCCAACUCUAUCAUGCCAUGAAUGCGUCGAGCGCAAGACCAAGUGCGACAGGGGCCGACCUCACUGCCUUGCUUGCAUAAAACGACAGACUGAAUGUAGAUAUGCGCACGUUGCCAAUUUACUCGAGGAGACCACACGGUCCGCUGCCAAUGGUCGGCGAAUGACGAAACCACCCAAGAAGAAGUCUGGGUCAAGCGGAAAGUCCCCUAUCCCAAAUAUUGCCGAUAGGGGCAUGUCCAACGAUCCCAGAGCAACCUCCCGGGGCGCCGUUGCACUCUCCAUCGGCCUCCUAUCUAAUGUUCCAUACUCUCUACCCUCUGCGAGUAACAUCUUUGGCAUUGGCUCUGAGCACCCCUUUGCCAACUACUGGACCUGCGAAGGCGGCUUGUCGGAGGUAAUUUCAGUCCUUCCUGACAAGAUACAGGCGGACAUACUACUCAGCCGCUACUUUGAGUGUGUUGACCCAGUGUAUCCCAUGAUACAUCGCCAAACAUUCUACGCAGAUUACGAACACUUCUGGCAGAUGAGUCAACAAGAUAAGAGCGACACAGAUCCUUCUUUCAUAGCAUUGAUAUUCGUCAUGCUGGCACUGGGCACACAAUUUGUGACGUCGACAACAUCUUCCCAAGAGCGCAAGCAGACCGCCGAGUUCUAUGCUUCAGCAAGCAACCAGGCUCUGCGCAUCGCUUCAUAUCUCAGCAGCGCAUCACUGCGAUCUAUCCAGGCCAUGGUCUUGAUAGUGUACUUUCUCAUCAACGACAACCACGCAUCGGAUGGAUGGGCCUUUGCUGGCAUUCUAAUCCGACAGGCUUAUGCAAUGGGUCUACAUAGGGAUCCAAAUAUCGUAACACCGCAUGCCACCUUGUUCGAAAAGCAGCAGCGCAGAAAGGUUUGGCAAGCAGUACUGCUCCAAGAUACGUUUCUAACCGUCUUGCUCUCCCUGCCACCCUCGGCUACACAUACGGAUGUUUCUGUCGAAGACCUGCUGGAUGAUGGUUCGUCGAUUGCAAAUAGCGAUCCAACGGACACAGCAUAUAUCAGGGGCUCCUGGACUUUGGCCAAUCUCGUGCAAGAGACGAUUUGUUCACCACGAUCACUGGAUCUGCCUAUUUGCUCGACAGCAAGGCAUAAGUCAAAGCUGAUCGCCGACUUCCGAGCAGUCUAUCGGUCGUUCCCUGAUGUUUUCCGUUCAUGGGACCCCGACAGUAUCACAGCACUUGCGAAAACAAAUAAAAGGGUAGUCCGCCAGACUCUGUUCCUGACGAGCAACUACUUCCACAACCUGAUGCUGGUUCACGCUUCCGAGAGUCCUGAUGUUCCUGUCAACGUUCGUGGGACAUUAGAGGCGGCGCACGAUGCCAUUACUGCCUUCUUUCUUCUUUUCACUCUGCUCGAACUAGAAGCACGUGUCUGGUGGGUUUUCAACCAUCGAGCCUUCCUAGAAGCCUUGUGCAUUGGCAAUGUCCUCAAGGAAGCGACACGUGAGCCAGGCGGCGCAGAUAUGAUGGCAAGGGAUCCUUUGCUUGUGAGAGCCAAGUCUGAUAUCACACGCAUGAUUCAGAUCAUGCAGAUCAUGGGCAAAGAUUCCGAAGUAGCGAGAACACGAGUUCAAGUAUUGAGCGACUUCCUGACCUAG